GCAGGUUAUUUAUAAAGUCAGGCAGUGGUAGGGUAUCUUCACUCAAGUCUGCAAACUGUCUGCUGCUGGGAGGUCACUCCAGAAGAAAAACCUUGCAGUGCCCAUGACCUGCAAGCACACUAUUUGAUCAGGACUGCGGGGCGGGCACCAACCCUGGCAAAUUGAGACACACACAUGCUCUUUAAUACACAGGAGAUCAGGCAGACGAACACUGAGGCUUUGGAAAAGGGACUCUGGGUCCGGUUCCAUGAGGUUCUGCACAAUGCACUGGGCUUCUGUCCUGAUAGUAGCUGGGCUGUGUGGGGUCUCCCUGGGCCAGUAUGAAGACGAAGAAGAUAUGUACUGGCUGCAUCAGUACCGUCGCAGCCAGGCGUUGUCCUAUAACUACAUGCCGUACUACGAGGAUGAGGGCCCUCCUUACUCUUAUGUCCCGCCUGGGUCCUCCUUUGCGGAGCCCAUCCCUGAGCCCGUUUCCCGGGAAUGCCCCCAGGAGUGCGACUGCCCCCCCAACUUCUCCACAGCAUUGUACUGCGACAGCCGCAACCUGAGGUACCUUCCCUUUGUGCCUUCCAGAAUGAAGUACGUCUACUUCCAGAACAACCAGAUCACCACCGUCCAAGAGGGGGCUUUCGACAAUGCCACGACGCUGGAAUGGAUUGCGCUGCAUGGCAAUCAGAUAACCAGUGAGAAGAUGGGCAAGAAGGUCUUUGCCAAGCUCAAGAACCUGGAGAGGCUGUAUCUGGAUAACAACAACCUGACCAAGAUGCCCAGCCCCCUGCCCAGGUCCCUGAGAGAACUCCACCUGGCUUACAAUCAGAUCACCAGGAUCCCAUCCAAUGCUCUAGAGGGGUUGGAGAACCUCACUGCCCUGUAUCUCAACCACAACCAGAUCCAUGAUAUAGGAGCAUCUUUCAAAGGGUUAAAGUCCUUGAUCCUUGUUGACCUGAGCUACAAUCACCUCAGGAAGCUCCCUGAUGGCCUCCCAAGCUCUCUUGAGCAGCUCUACCUAGAGCACAACUACAUCUACACCAUCCCCGAUGAGUAUUUCAAGGUGUCCCCCAAGCUGCUCUAUAUCAGGCUGUCCCAUAACAGCCUGACCAACGAGGGGCUCUCCUCCAACACCUUCAACACCAGCAGCAUCCUAGAGCUCGAUCUGUCUUAUAACAGGCUCCAGAAGAUCCCCCGGGUUAGCACCAACCUCGAGAACCUCUAUCUCCAAGGAAACCAAAUCAAUGAAUUCUCCAUCAGCAGCUUCUGCACACUCGUCGACGUCAUGAACUUUUCCAAGCUCCAGGUCUUGCGGCUGGAUGGGAAUGAGAUCCAAAGGAACGCGGUGCCCCCAGAUGCCCCCCUCUGCCUGAGACGUGCUGCCGUCAUUGAGAUUUAACCCCAACCGACCCCCGCCAUGCUCCCCCCCUGUCCUCAGGGCAGCACCACACCCAUUCCAGUAAUCCAGGCUGGGGGAGGCCUUCAUUCUUGUUUUAAUGCAGCUUGAUGGUUUGAUUUGGCUUCUGCAAUAGCAUAAUAUGGGUGGCACAAUAGCAGCCAAAGUAGAAGGGAUGUGUCAUUAACUCCACCCACUAGCUGCUACCCCUUUUAGCUUAUCAGGUCACACCAGUAUGGAGGCAGGUCUCUGCUUUGUCCUAUAAAAACCCUACUUUUCUCUCUCUAACCAGCCAAUCAGUUCUCUUGAUGAUUCCCCACCAUUGUCUUGCUGCCCGCAUGUCCAUGCGGCUCCCACCAGUAUGGGUGGGUUGCCUGGAGGGGACUCAAGUUGUCUCCAUUCAGAUGCAUUGGAUUUGAAAGUUUGAUGCCAGCUGGGAUGGUUUUGGGGUUCAUGUUCUGUGUAGGAGGAACUGUGGUAAAGGGAUCAGAGACGGGGGAGGAGGAGAAUUCAAGUUUUUAAAAGGUGGUGUGGAAAAACAGAACAGGCUAUGGGACAGGAUGGGGAUCAUUUGAAGAGAGACUGUGGAAGAGAGGAGCAGAGAGGAAGGGUGAGAGGAAAAUUUGAAUGGAAAAAUUGCAACAAUCUAUGGGUCAGAACUUCCCCAGGUGUAAAUGGGUGUAGCCACAUUGACUUCAGGCAGCAGGUUUAAAACAAACAAAAGGGAGUAUUUUUUCACAGUCAACCUGUGGAACUCCUUGCCAGAGGAUGUUGUGAAGGCCAAGACUAUAACAGGGUUCAAAAAAGAACUAGAUAAAUUCAUGGAGGAUAGGUCCAUCAAUGGCUAUUAGCAAGGAUGGGCAGGGAUGGUGUCCCUAGCCUUUGUUUGCCAGAAGCUGGAAACAGGCGACAGGGGGGGCAGAUUUGUUUGGUUCAAAGGUUUGCAGGCUAGUUUUUGAGCCCCGCACUUCCCUUCCCUCCUCAGAAUGUGGGCAAACCAACACGGCCUAUUGCCCGAUAUGUGGCCAGGUGUCACCAUCUAGCUGGAAUUUGCCACUAGGAUGUUUCAAGCUGAAUUGGUCCAAAAGAAAAAAUACCAAUAGAUACAUAAAGCCUGGUUCCCAUUUAUCCUAUGGCCCUUUUGAACUGCAAGAGGGUGGCAGAGCGGCUUUAGCGUGAGUGCAAUUAUCUUAGUGCCAGCGAGACUCUGUGUUGUGGGUUUUUAAAUUGAUAGACCGUGGGCCAGAUUCUGAUCUCUGUAACAGUGGUGUCAAACCCGGAACAACUCCAUUAGAUAAACUAUAAGGGUUACAAACCCUCUUGCUUCUAGGUACCGGUUAACCAGCAACUGCUGGAGUUAGGGUGAAACUACUGCUAAGGGAAGCUCGUCCAAGAAUUGUCCUGAAGGAAUUUCUUGAACAUUGCUGUGAAGCCGCUGAUACUGGUCACUGUCAGAGACAAGAUACCAGACAGAUGGGCUCCUGGUCUGAGCUAGUAUGACCAUUCCUAUUGUAUGCUAGCCUUCAUCUUUCUCUGUAACAUUUAUAGCGUGCCUGCCACCAAAGUGGCUGCCAAUGGAAGUCAGUGAGAUGUUACUCUGGAUUUUUGCGGGAGAUCCAAACGUAACCUCUCCUCUUUGUAUUAACUCUUAAUUCAUAGACACAAACACCCUUAGUGGGCAAAGCAAAAGGCGCAUAUGUGGCUGAGCAACAGAGAUGGAUCGACAGGCGGCUGAAACAAAGUUAGCCACGUGAACGUGACACAUUUACCAGGCAGCAGCGCUCACAGGUGGGGGGUGCGGUGGGGGGGUUGUCCCUGUCCUGUCAGCCAGCCAUGCCAAAGUACCUAUAGGUGCUGGAACUAGGAGUGCGGGGGGAUGCUGCCGCACCCCCAGGCUUGAAGUGGUUUCCACUAUAUACAGGGUUUACAGUUUAAAAUUCCACCUUUUUCUGCAGGGUGUUUGCAUUGGAUAACUGAGUUUCUGCCAAACUUUGUCCCCUUCGAGUGGGACGAGUGGAAUUUCAAGGCUGCAAGAGCAUUAAGUUUCCCAGUUGCACUAAGUUGAAAGUUAUAAACUUCUGGCACGACGUAGCAACCUUUUCCAGUCCAGGGAGCAGGAGGGCAGAUCUUGGGUGGCAACUUCCUUGGGGUAGUAUCAUUCUCUGAGCGGCCUUUCCUGCGUCAGCUCCACCAAACGAAUUUGCAGGUGACCAGGAGGAGACAGUGCAGCAGCCAUAGCUUGUGAGAAAAAGCGUUCUUGUUACUUUCAACUUCUGUGGAAUCCAGGUUUGCUAAUCACUGCUCCUAACAUAGGGAUCAUACCUUUCUUUCCAUGUGCUGCUUGGCUGCAGAUGAAGAAUGCUACAGUUUAACAAAGUGGCAUUCAGAGUCAGUGGUAACUAUAAUGCGACUCGCCUUGACAUUACAAUACCAGGCAGGAUUCACUCUGGUUCCGUGAGCUUUUGCUUUAAGGCAGACGAUCUGAUUCUGGAAAGCUGGUUUCAUGGUUGUGUGUGAGCCCAGUCAGAUGUCGCAAUCAAACGAAAGGAGCUGCCCAGACUCACCCUUAUUGCAAAUUCCCACUGUGCCUUCCCAUUGUGGUUAAUUGCGUUUGUUAAGUGUGGCACUCUCUGGCUGUACAAUUGUUUGCUCUUUUCUCUUGAGGAACUCACAGGGUAGCAAGGCUCGGUCUGCGCUAAGCAUCAAUCCCCUUGGACUGUUUUGAUCUGAAACACCCCUUUUCCCCAGCCCAGAUUGGGGUCCCAUUUAAAAAAAAUCUUGGCGGUGAAUCUGAAUUUCACAAAAGCCAAAAUACCAGCUAGGUUCAUUGGACAAGGCAGAGAACAAGGGUCAGGUGACCUUCUGGGGUACUUGGGAAGCUCAAGAGGCCAUCUAAACCCUCCACAUUUAAACUGCAUGCUAACAAUAUAAAGGAAUCUGUACUCUCACCAAAGCAUGAAUUGUAGAUAUCAUACCAAUCAAUAAAACCCUUUUUAUAAUUGCA